GGUGUCCCCAUCAGAGUGCUCCUUACAUCAGGUGUCCCCAUCAGUUCCCCCUUACAUCAGGUGUCCCCAUCAGAGUGCUCCUUACAUCAGGUGUCCCCAUCAGAGUGCUCCUUACGUCAGGUGUCCCCAUCAGAGUGCUCCUUACAUCAGGUGUCACCAUCAGAGUUCCCCCUUACAUCAGGUGUCCCCAUCAGAGUUCCCCCUUACAUCAGGUGUCCCCAUCAGAAUGCUCCUUACAUCAGGUGUCCCCAUCAGAGUUCCCCCUUACAUCAGGUGUCCCCAUCAGAGUUCCCCCUUACAUCAGGUGUCCCCAUCAGAGUCUCUCCCUACGUUGGUGCCCCUAUCAGAAUUCCUUUAACAUCAGCUGCCCCAUCAGAGUCCGCCUUACAUCAGGUGCCCACUAAGAGUCCUCCUAUAUCAGGUGUCCCUAUCACAGGGACCCCUUACAGUGCUGGGACAUCCAGUGCUCAGAUCAAAGAUGGAGAAUUGCCCAACCUGCCAACUCCAAACCAACAA